AUGGAGAAAGAAACUGGGCGAAUGACUAGAAGUCGGACAAGGAAUAUGAUGGAUGCUACUCCACCAUCGAAACUGAACAGUCGUGAACCGAAAGAGCCACGUCGUAGAACGCGAGUGAUCAAAAAGAAGCCUCUUUUGGACAACGAUACUGAUGACGAUCUCGCUGAAUCUGCACUGAGUCCACUGAUCAAGAAGAAGCCACUGCAGGAGGACGAUUCUAAAGAUCUUCUCGAAACUACAGGCAAUGACACUGCAGAGUUCACAGAGCCACAUGUACUGUUUUGCUUCCAGGAUUCAAAAGGUACCUACCAAAAUGGCGCCAGUUUUGUGGAAAUCCUCGAAAUUGAUACAGCAAGUGAACGUGUCGACACUUCGCUCGCCACGCAAUCAGUCUCCUGCGAGGAUAACGUUGUAGGUGAGCUUGGUGACUGCGAAAUCCCUUGCGCACCUGACUUCGAGACCCCUGUUUGUGCUAACAGUAGCAGCGCUGAAGAUCUUCGCGCCAUGGUAAACGAUGAUAUCGCAUGUUCCAAAUGA